UGUCUUAUUGUUUUUGGCAGGCAGUCAGUCAACAAUGGAAAGAUUCACAACUACUUCCGUCUUUGUGAAGUGCGGCUUUUUCCAUAAUCGAUUAUGACCAUUGAUCUUCUUGGAAGCUGCUUCAACUUGUGUUCAAGUCCUUGUUGAAUGUCAAGAGCAUCUUCCAAAGACUCUAUUCCUGUCAGGUCUUUGGUUGGUUCAGAAGGCUUUGCCUCUUCUGCUCCUCCUCAUCUUGUUCAUCUCAAGCUCUGUUGCUUUUCAGUAACUAGAAGUCAAAAGGUCGUGUCUUUGUAUGCAAGCUUAAUCCUUUUUGUUCUUUUUCGGAUUUUGUCAAUCCUUUGAGGGUUUCAAGGGUGCUUUGUGGUUUCUGAGUUUGAUGGGGAUGAUGGCUUAUGAAGAUCCAAGUUAUAUAUAUGUGUGUAUUGGGAAGUUGAGGAUUUACUUCCUUAAGUUGGGUACCUAGCUGUACUCACAAAUUGUUCUUCUUUUUAUGUUCUUGGGAUUCUGCUUAAUGUUUGAGCAAGUGGGUAAUUUGUAGAACUGAGUUUCGGAUUUUGGAUGAAUUCUCAAACUGGGUCUUUGCAUCAGAAAUGAUAGGGUCUUCUUAUUAAGGUGGUUCUUGAUCUGUUUAUAGACGUAUUAAGCUCAAAUAGAACUGCAUACGUUUGGAGCCAUGGAUCAUUUGAAUGACCUUUCGUCAUCUUUGAGCUUUGCGUCUUCUUAUCUAUCGAAUGGAUCAAGUGGUAACUAUGUAUCUGCCUCGGCCAAUUCUCAAAGUACAGAGCAUUUGAGUCUGAGCAGACUCAGUGAUAACCUGGAGAGGCUGUUGCUUGAUGCUCAAUAUGACUAUGGUGAUGCGGACAUUGUUGUUGAAGGGGUCGCGGUUGGUGUCAAUCGGUGUAUAUUGGCUGCACGCAGUCAGUUUUUCCACGAGCUUUUUAAGAAGGGGAAUGAUGAUUCGAAGAAGGAAGGUAAACCGCAGUAUAUGAUGUCUGAAUUGGUUCCUUUCGGUGGAGUUGGCUAUGAAGCAUUCAAGGUAGUCUUGAACUACUUGUACACUGGAAAACUUAAGCCACCGCCUCCAGAAGUAUCAACUGUAUCAACAUGUGUUGAUGAUAAUUGUGCCCAUGAAGCAUGCGGCCCUGCUAUUAAUUACGCUGUGGAAUUAAUGUAUGCUGCUGCCACUUUCCAGAUGAAAGAACUUGUUCAUGUUGUGCAGCGCCGGCUUACUAACUUUGUCGAGAAAGCUCUUGUUGAAGACGUGAUUCCGAUUCUUGUAGCCUCUUUCCACUGCAAACAGAGUCAGCUGUUUUCACACUGCAUCCAGAGGGUAGCAAAGUCAGAUCUUGACAAUGUGGUUCUAGAAAAAGAGCUUCCUCAUGAAGUUUUUGAUAGUAUCAAAUCACUCCGUCUCGAAUCUCAGCAAAUGGAUGAAUCAAGUAUGCUGGAAAUGGAGCCGGGGGAGGAAAAGAGGCUUAAAAGCAUCGGGAGAAUUCACAAGGCAUUAGACUCUGAUGAUGUUGAACUGGUUACUCUUCUUCUAAAAGAGUCUGAUUCUAUUUCAUUAGAUGGUGCUUAUGCUCUCCACUAUGCUGUUGCAUACUGUGAUCCAAAAAUUGUUAAGGAGGUUCUUGGUCUACGUCUGGCGAAUACCAAUCUUCGAAAUGCCCGAGGACAUACUGUACUUCAUGUGGCUGCAAGGCGUAAGGAACCCGCAGUCCUAGUUCCUCUUCUGAACAGCGGAGCCUCUGCCUUAGAAACUACAUUAGAUGGUCAAACUGCUGUUGCAAUUUGCCGGAGGUUGACUAGACCAAAGGAUUAUAAUGAGAACACAAAGCAGGGAGAGGUGUCUAACAAAGACCGAAUAUGCAUAGAUCUUCUAGAGAGAGAGAUGCGAAGAAAUUCGAUGGCUGUGGACAUGUCAAACACAUCACAGGUGAUAGCUGAUGAUUUGAAUGUGAGGCUGGACUAUUUUGAAAAUAGAGUGGCAUUUGCACGGUUGUUGUUUCCUGCUGAAGCCAAGCUUGCUAUGGAAAUGGCGGAUCAUCCAACAUCAGGGUACACUGGCCUUUUAGCAUCAAAAGGCUCUAGUGGGAACUUACGAGAGGUCGAUUUGAAUGAAACACCCUCCGUACGAUCCAAAAGACUCCAAGAAAAAUUGCAUGCGCUAAUUAAAACAGUGCAAAUGGGACGACGCUUCUUCCCCCAUUGCUCAGAAGUUCUUGAUAAGUUUCUGGAUGAUGAGAUGGAUAUGGCUGAUUACUUCCUUGAGAAAGGAACUCCUGAAGAGCAGAAAAACAAGAAGAUGCGCUUCUUGGAGCUUAAAGAUGAUGUACAGAAAGCAUUUUGCAGGGAUGUGGCUGAAAAACGGGGGCCAGAGUUGACGGCCUCAUCAUCAUCCUCAUCUUCUCCGAAGGAGGGUGUUAAUCGUAAGGUUAGGAAAAGGUCAAGUUGAUUAUAUCGUAGGAUGCCAUAUGAUUUUUGAUGAGUUUUGUAGUUGUAUUUUGCUUUCAUAUAUUCUUAGAAAGCCUGCUUUGUGGCUUUCUCUGUAUCAUAGAAUGAGCUAGUUAAGUGAACAUGUAAUAUAUCACUUUUAAGUUGUUUGGCUUGUAAAUUGUUACAAGAGUUAACAAUUUUAGAGAUACACCAAAUGUCUGCUCUUCAAUUUUA